AUGGCGUCGUGGCUGCCGGAGACUCUGUUCGAAAUUGUAGGACAAGGCCCAGCGCCGAGCAAAGACUAUUACCAGUUAUUGGUCACCCGGUCCCAGGUAAUCUUUAGAUGGUGGAAGAUCUCUCUGAGGAGUGAGCAUCGAUCAGCAAAGCCUGGAGAAGCAAAAGACACUCACGAAGAGUUCCUAGAGAACUCCCACCUCCAAGUUCAAAUUGCCUUAAUAUUUGGUGCAAGAGUAUUAGACUAUGUCUUCAGUUUAUGUGAAGGUAAAUUUGACUUCCUUGAACGGCUCUCCGACAAUUUGCUCCUGAGUAUCAUUUCUUAUCUGGAUCUUGAAGAUAUUGCCAGGCUUUCUCAAACAUCACGCAGAUUUGCAAAGCUGUGCAUGUCGGACGAGCUGUGGGAGAAGAUAGUUCACUCUUGCUGUGACACCAUCACACCUGACAUGAGGGCCCUGGCCAAGGAUAUGGGCUGGAGGCAGAUGUUCUUCACCAACAAGCUGCAGCUCCAGCGGCAGAUCCGCAAGAGGAAACAGAAACAAGGGAGCCAUAGAACAAGUCACCUUUAG